AUGGGGUGCGGAUGUGUUUCGCAACACCAGGUGGGAAUUCCUGGUGGGGGACCUCGCCAGUUUUUAUACACAGCAACAGACAAGGAAUUUGUCCGGACAUUGGACAAAGAGGAGCUCAAGGAAAAGAAUCUGCUCCUGACGUACUUCCGGCUAGAUCACGAGGGACAUUUCGUUGUUACAGAUGGAUUUCGAGACCUCGUUCGCCGAAAAGGCGUACCAAGGAGGUAUCGAUGGCGAGCCUGGCGGGCACUCACAGGUUGGAGUGCCCUUUCAAAGCCAGGCUGGUACGAGAGGAUAAUGCGAAAAGCCCCGGACUCCAAGACAGUGGAGGCUAUAGAAAAAGAUCUCGACAGGACUUUUCCUGGCGUAGAAGAUUUCGACGACAGGAAGAAGCGAGAGCUCGCAAACAUGCUCCGAGCACAUGCAGGUCUUUUUCCAAGUGUGGGAUAUUGCCAGGGCAUGAACUUUGUUGCCGGUUUUCUCCUCUUGGUCGCUGGAAGAGUCCCAGAUGCAGCAAAGGAUGCAUUCUUCCUACUCGUGCAAAUGAUGGUCAAGUACCGAGCAAACCUCCUGUUCUGUGAUGGUCUCCCUCUUCUGAAGCUUCAUACGUUUCAGUAUCGUAUUCUGUUGCAGCGGCUGUUUCCAGAUGUCCACCGACACUUCACAGAAAACCAGAUUACGCCUGAACUCUAUCUGACCAAGUGGAUUCUCACUCUUUUCACCCAGCCCCUCUGCUUUGAUGCCGCUGCCCGUGUUUGGGACCUUAUCGUAUGCGAUGGCCUGCAGGCCGUGGUUCUGAUCGCCCUGGGCGUCGUCAAGCUAUGGAGAUCAAGGCUCUUGCAAGAAGAUACAGAAGGCAUCCUCGAAAUGCUAAGCAUGCGCGAUGGUGAGCCACUUGCUGGAGGCGAGAUCGUCAAGGCGGCGCUGGCACUCGAAUCUCAGAUCGCGCCUGGUUCCCAGGGCACAUUGCUCGCAACCGGGCGACAGUGCAGCUCUGGGGGCAGCAUGCCGAGUUUCGCUUUGCACGCCCAGGCCGUGCAACGUGAAUAA